ACUCGUAGAGGAUCACCAAUUCUUUGUUGUUCGUUUCUAACAGAAGGAGGCUAACGAGUAGAAUGCCUGAAGGUCCACAGUUACACCAGUUUAAAGCGACAGUACCUGAAGAGUCGGCAGGUAAAGAUGUUGAUACGACGAAUCAGCAACACCUUUCUGAAGACGUUGAGGUGUCGGGAAACGAUGAUGGAAAGGUAGAAGACGAAUCACAGACCAUACAGGACGCCGAUGAAACUGAACCAUUGAAUGACGACAAAGACGAGCACAGUGAUGAAGAGGAUGGUGAUGAUGACGGUGGAGUGGAAGGUCAAAAGGAAGAUGAGCAUGCUGGACAGCAAGACGAGGAGGAAACCCAAGAAGAUACUUCCGGUACUUCAGUGUUGCCAUUGUCAAAGGUGAAGAAGAUCUUCAAGACCGACCCUGAGCACCUGGGAGCAUCUGAAGCUGCCGUCUUCACCACGGCUGUUGCCACCGAACUCUUCAUACAGUACUUUACAGAACAGGCAUCAUUAAUUGCAAGAAGUGAAAAGCGUAAGAAGUUACAGUACAAAGAUUUCAGCGCAGCAGUGGCAAGCAUUGAGCAAUUACAAUUCCUCAACGAUACUGUACCGCAGACCCAUAACUUGAAGGGUUUGGUUGAAAAGAAUAAAGUCAAAUACAACAAGAAUGGUGUAUUAGAAAAGGGUCAGAGGACUCUACAAUUUGGCUCAAAGAAGGCAACCACCACCACAGCAGCCAACCAUAAGACCAAUCCUGAUGAGGAGAGCGAUGCUGAUGACUUUGGUGAUAUUAACGACGCGAACAUCAAUACAGAUAUCGACAGUGACGAUGACAACAUGGGGAAAGAUACCGAUAAUGAGCCUGAGGCUGAACAACGCGAUCACGAUCACGACGUUAUAAUGGCAGGCUAAGCGUUGCUAUUCCUUGAGAGUAAGCGGUGAAUGUACAAUUUAUGUGUGUUUAGUGUUAUCUGAUUGAUAGAUUUGAUAUGUAUAUACAAGGAUUAUGGAAGGAGUGUAUAUGUCGUGAUGGCAAGUCUCAGCCUCUCUCAAUGUAUCCCUUCUUUAAGCUGCUCUCUUCAGUCUCUGCUUUGCCAUGCCAUAUGUACUCUCUAAGCUUGGUCAUGUACAACUUUGGAUCCAUUGGUCCAGUGUAGCCUUUGAACUCGUUUUUGAUCUGCACGCUAUUUGGGCUAACAAAGCACUUGAGCUCAUCGUUGAACACCUUCGGCGUAACAAAGGUACGCACUUUGUUCCACUGGAUGAUAUAUCCGUUCUUACGAGUGUGGCGACCAAUACCAGAGGAACGGGUACCCUUGUAGAAGUUCUUGUUACCUUGCUUCGUUGUUAGAGCAUGACGUUUAGUACCGGACUUGGCCAGCCCAUAAAAC